AUGCACCGCGGCGGGCAGCCUUUGAAAAAGCGGCGCGGCUCGUUCAAGAUGGCGGAGCUCGACCAGUUGCCUGACGAGAGCUCUUCAGCAAAGGCCCUUGUCAGUUUAAAAGAGGGAAGCUUAUCUAAUACAUGGAAUGAAAAGUACAGUUCUUUACAGAAAACGCCUGUUUGGAAAGGCAGGAACACAGGCCCUGCUGUAGAAAUGCCUUUCAGAAAUUCAAAACGAAGUCGACUCUUUUCUGAUGAGGAUGACAGACAAAUAAAUACAAGGUCACCUAAAAGGAACCAGAGGGUUGCAAUGGUUCCACAGAAAUUUACAGCAACAAUGUCAACACCAGAUAAGAAAGCCUCACAGAAGAUUGGUUUUCGGUUACGUAACCUACUCAAGCUUCCCAAAGCACAUAAGUGGUGCAUAUAUGAGUGGUUCUAUUCAAAUAUAGAUAAACCACUUUUUGAAGGCGAUAAUGACUUCUGUGUAUGUCUAAAGGAAUCUUUUCCUAAUUUGAAAACAAGAAAAUUAACAAGAGUAGAAUGGGGAAAAAUCAGGCGGCUUAUGGGAAAACCACGGAGAUGUUCUUCUGCAUUUUUUGAGGAAGAGAGAUCAGCAUUAAAACAGAAACGGCAGAAAAUAAGGCUCUUACAACAAAGGAAAGUUGCAGAUGUUUCACAAUUCAAAGAUCUCCCAGAUGAAAUUCCUUUGCCUCUGGUUAUUGGAACCAAAGUUACAGCACGAUUACGCGGUGUCCAUGACGGUCUGUUCACUGGACAGAUAGAUGCCGUGGAUACUUUUAAUGCUACUUAUAGAGUAACUUUUGAUAGGGCGGGGCUUGGAACUCAUACCAUCCCUGACUAUGAAGUUCUUAGUAAUGAGCCUCAUGAGACGAUGCCAAUUGCUGCCUUUGGACAAAAACAGCGGCCUUCUCGAUUUUUUAUGACCCCGCCACGGUUACAUUAUACUCCUCCUCUCCAGUCACCAAUUACGGAUAAUGAUCCUUUAUUAGGACAGUCACCUUGGAAAAGUAAAAUUUCUGGCUCUGACACUGAAACAUUAGGUGGUUUUCCAGUAGAAUUCCUUAUUCAAGUGACCAAAUUAUCCAAAAUUCUCAUGAUUAAAAAGGAACAUAUCAAGAAAUUAAGGGAAAUGAACACAGAAGCAGAAAAACUGGAUUAUGGAAUUUUAAAUUUGAAAAUGACUUCGAAUUGUCUAACUCAUCCUCUUCAUUUUAUGGAAUUGGAAACUGAAGACCAGAGACAUCAGAAAUCAUAUUCCAUGCCUAUUGGCAUUGAAUUUCAGCGGAGAUAUGCAACAAUUGUUCUAGAACUUGAACAGCUGAACAAGGACCUAAACAAAGUUUUGCAUAAAGUUCAACAGUACUGUUACGAGCUUGCUCCAGACCAGGGGCUCCAGCCUGCAGACCAGCCAACAGACAUGAGACGGCGCUGUGAGGAGGAAGCACAGGAGAUUGUUCGGCAGGCAAACUGCUCGACAGGACAGCCCUGCGUGGAAAAUGAAAACCUGACAGACUUAAUCUCCAGGCUUACAGCUAUUUUAUUACAAAUUAAGUGUCUAGCAGAAGGAGGAGACCUGAAUUCCUUUGAAUUCAAAUCACUUACAGAUUCAUUAAAUGAUAUCAAGAGUACAAUAGAUGCUUCUAAUAUCAGUUGCUUUCAGAAUAAUGUAGAAAUCCAUGUUGCACAUAUUCAGAGUGGCCUGAGCCAGAUGGGAAACUUACAUGCCUUUGCAGCAAAUAACACCAACAGAGACUGAGUAGAAGAUUUAAUUAUUCCAACUGUAUAGGACAUCGUUUUUGAGACAUUCUUUUCCUUUAUAGGCUUACAACACCAAAUAACCUAACUGCUAGAAAACAAGGGAAAUUUAAAUCUCCAAGUAAUGCAUUUCAAUAUACUGUACUGCUUCUUAAACCAGCAUUACUGACCAGCAUUAUAUUUAUUUUUCUUUUAUUAUUCAGAUGUAGUAGCAUUGCUUAUGUUACAUAUAUCUAUUAGCAAGUAUUUUUAAACUGAAAAUGUCUGAACAUAAUAUAGUUUCAUGGAAGAAUACAUUGACCAUUUUUUUUAAUGUACAUGAAUUCAACCCAACACAUGCAGACAACUACUGCAAUGGAGAACAUGAAGAAACAUGGUCUUCUUGUGCAUAUCGGUGGCAAUGUGGAAAUUCAUCUGGAAAAUUACAACUCCAGUUGAUUUAGUUGAUCACCAUCUCAGUCUUCAAAAGAUAAUAUCAUGAGGUGUGGGAAGUCCUGGUUUUAAGGAAGCCACUGGAAUAUAGAUGGGAAAUAUGGACUUUACAAGUAUAUAUGGUAUAUACUUGCAAUGUGACAUGGUUCUGUAGAUCAUUUUAUAAUAAUAUUUUAAUUUAUCAUAAUUUAUAAAAGAAACCUUUGUUGUUUGUUGAAAGAAAAUGAAGGAGCAGGAAAAAAGAUUACUGCAAAAUGCUAAAUUUCAGCAAAUGGAUUUGGCAUGUCUUUUCCCGUUGAUUCAGGGCAAAAUGUGCUAUUGUUAUGAGAUUUAUAUUUAAAAAAAAAAAUGAUAACACACUAUUUUCAUAUUUUUUGUUUAUUUGCACAACUUUUAAACCAGAUUACUGGUUAAAAUCCAACAGUACACAAUUUAUAAAGUAAAAAGAUUUUAUAAGGAAAACAAAUACAAUAACUAGUGCCAUGAAAUGCAGAAGAAAGGUUUGUUUU